AUGCCCUGGGACACCCAGGUGGCCCAGCAUGGCCCCUGGCUGCAGGACAACACCACCGGCAAUGCUGUCCUGCCACAGAUGAACUGGGGGAAUUUCCUUUCCCUUCCCUCUGGCACAGAGGCAAAUCCCAUCCUCUUUCUGUCCUUCCCCCCGCCCGACAAGGAUCUGAGGAUGGAGACCAGCGAGGACAAAGCCCCGUGGCACAACAUCAUAGCAGAGGCCAUUUUGAGUGGCUCCAUGGCACAGGAAUACAACAGGGAAGAAAAGCCACAGAGAUCCCACAGGAGGAGGGGCUCCAAACCCAGCCCAGGGUACUCUGAAAAGGAAAGACCCACCCUGAGCCAGGUAGGUGGACAGAGCUUCAGCCAGAGCUCGGAGCUGGUGGUCCAUGAGAAGCCUCAUGAUGGGGACAAGCCCCACAAGUGCUUGGAGUGUGGGAAGAGGUUCAGGCAGAAGACCACCCUGAUCUGCCACCAGAUGAUCCACACUGGGGAAUGGCCCUACAAAUGUGGGGAGUGUGGGAAGGGGUUCAGCUACAGAUCUACCCUUGUGACCCACCAACGCAUCCACAGUGGGGAGAGGCCCUUCUGCUGCCCUUAUUGUGGGAAGGGCUUCAAGCACAACUCCAACCUCGUCAGGCACCGGCUCAUGCACACCGGGGAGAAGCCCUACGAGUGCCCCACGUGUGGGAAGAGGUUUCAGGCCCGCUCCAAUCUCCUCAGGCAUCAAAGGAUUCACACAGAUGAGAGGCCCUUCCGCUGCCCUGACUGCGGGAAGGGCUUCAAGCAAAACUCCCACCUCAUCAGGCACCGACUCAUCCACACUGGGGAGAUGCCCUACGGGUACCCCACAUGUGGGAAGAGCUUCACCCAGAGCUCUGACUUGACCAGCCAGGAGUCACUGGUAAGGGUUGUCCUGCCAGUGCCCCAACUGCAGGGAGAGCUUUGUGCCCUGCUCCAGCUUCAUCCCCCAUUGGAGGACCCAUAUUGGAAAGAGCCCUGGAGAUAUGUGUUCCCUGUGAUCCAUGCUGGGGAGAUACCUGUCCCUCCUCCUGCCCCUGCCAAUGACAUGAUGUGGGAUCAAAGACCAUGAGGGUCUGGCCAGGGCCAUGUCAUUACCUUCACUCUCACCUCUAGUCAUUGCCAGGGGCAGGAAAAGGACUCUUUCCCUGAGGAGAAGGGUGUCCUUUCCAGGCAGGAGGAAAUCGUGGCCGGGAACAGACAGUUAGUUGCAUUGUAGUUUUCCCUUUUGCAUAUCCCUUCUGUGAUCAAUAUUGUUUUUGUUUCUGUUUGUUUCAUAUCUCAUUGCUGUUCCAAAUAAAUUGUUCCUAUCCCA